AUGUGGUUGUUUACUACUUUCUUUGAGGCUAUGGGAGGAAAAAAACCGAAAAGCAUAUUUACAGAUCAGUCUGCAGCUAUAUCAAGUGUUGUUGAUACGGUAUUACCUGAAGCCCACCAUGGAUUGUGCUUGUGGCAUUUAUGUCAAAAUGCUGCAAAGAAUUUGAGUAAUAAUGGAUAUAAAACAUUUGCACCACAAUUCAAAGCUUGUAUUUACAAUCCAGAAAUAGUUGAAGAAUUUGAACAAAGUUGGGACAAAUUGUUUGAAGAUAAUGGGCUAAGAGGUAAUGAGUGGUUGCAAAGAACAUAUAAGUUGAGAAAGAAAUGGGCUCAAGUGUAUAGUCAUGCUCACUUUUGUGCUGGCAUGACUACUUCACAGAGAAGUGAAAGUAUCAAUAAGUUUUUGAAGGAUUAUUUUAAUCAUGGUAGAAUUGUUCUUCGAGAGUUUGUAAGUCUAUACUCUAGGGCCAUGGAUAAUCGCCGUGAAAAAGAAAGGGAGGCUGAACAUUUAACACAACAAACAACACCUAAUUUUAUUUGUAAUUGGUCUGUAGAGCGUGAAGCAGCAAAAAAAUAUACAAAAAAAAUAUUUUACUGGUUUCAAGAAUGUAUUAAGCAAACCAUUGAUUUGUCAUUGGAAUUGGAGAAUGGUGAUGGAACUAUUCGUACCUAUAGAGCUAAAGAGAUUGAAGGUCGAAAAAGGAUUUGCACACUUACAUACAACCACUUGGAACAAACAGUGUCAUGCACAUGUAAAAAAUUUGAGUUCGAUGGAAUCCUUUGUUCGCAUGCAUUGAAGUUGUUCCGCCACUUAGAGUUCAAAAGUUUACCUCCUGAAUACUAUUUGAAAAGAUGGACACGGGCAGCUACAUAUGAAGUUAUUUGUGAUCCCAUGGGAGAGAUAAUUCCAAAUGACAACGAUCCAAUGCUAACAGCUCAUUAUAGUGAGUUAUCACAUAUUUCACAAAGAAUUGUGUCCAAGGGUUCAAGGUGUAUUGAUGUUUUUUCAUUAAGCAAAUCACUAUUGGUAGAAGUAGAAGCAAAGAUUGACACCUUUAUAGCCUCCGAUGAAGAUGUGAACAAGAGUAUUCGAAUCGACACACAUCAUAAAUCGGUAUCAAACAUGCAGCAGGAGGCACAAUUAAGAGAGCCAACAAAAAGACGCUUGAAAGGCCAAUCUAGCAAAAGAAUUAAAGGUCCAUUGGAAAGCAAAUCACGAAAGAAUAAUUCACCAAAAGUAAUAGGGAUGCAGGCCAUGUCAUGA